CGUCCUUGUGAGCGCUCCAGGCCCGGCGGACUCCCCUCAGCGCUUUCCCGGCCCCACCGCCCAUGGACUCCCCGCAGCGCCCCGCGCCGCCUCCCCCGGCCCCGCGCCGCCCGCCGCCCGGGCCUCCUCCGGGCCCCGACACAGGCGAGGUCCUGCAGCAGAUCAUGGCCAUCACCGACCAGAGCCUGGAAGAGGCGCAGGCCAGAAAGCAUGCUCUGAAUUGCCAUCGGAUGAAGCCAGCUCUCUUCAGUGUGCUCUGUGAGAUCAAGGAAAAGACAGUGUUAAGCAUCCAUGGCAUUCAAGAAGAAGGUCCCCCCAAUGCUCAGCUCAUGAGGCUGGAUAACAUGCUGCUGGCCGAGGGUGUAUCCAGGCCGGAGAGGCGAGGAAGAGGAGGAUCGGCGGCAGCGGCCAACACAGCAACACCAGGUGGCUGUCCAAAUGACAAUAGCCUUGAGCACUCUGACUACAGGGCCAAGCUGUCCCAGAUCCGACAGAUUUACCACUCUGAGCUAGAGAAAUAUGAACAGGCCUGCCGUGAGUUCACCACGCACGUCACCAACCUUCUCCGGGAGCAGAGCAGGAUGAGGCCUGUCUCGCCCAAGGAGAUCGAGCGCAUGGUCAGUGUCAUCCACGGCAAGUUCAAUGCCAUCCAGAUGCAGUUGAAGCAGAGCACCUGCGAGGCUGUGAUGACCCUGCGUUCACGGUUCCUCGAUGCCAGGCGCAAGCGGCGGAACUUCAGCAAGCAGGCCACCGAAGUGCUGAAUGAGUAUUUUUACUCCCAUCUGAGCAACCCUUACCCCAGCGAAGAAGCCAAAGAAGAGCUGGCCAGGAAGGGCGGCAUCACAGUGUCCCAGGUCUCCAACUGGUUCGGCAACAAAAGAAUCCGAUAUAAAAAGAACAUGGGGAAGUUUCAAGAAGAGGCUACCAUUUAUACGACUAAAAUGGAAGUCGACACCACCAAAGUCAGGGGCCUGGGGAGCCAGGCUAGCUGCCCAUCAACACCCAGCCCCGGUCCCUCUGGUCCCUUCCCGCUGACCAGUGCCGGGGAUGCGCUUAUCACCCUGCAGACACUGGCCUCUCUCCGCCCCGCCCGUGCGGGAGGCAGCUUGCGGUCCCAGGCCCGGGGCGGCUACCAGGGAGCCGCCCCCCCAGUGUCCGCCGCUUCACCUGCUGGAGACCCCGGCAGCGUCAACUCAGACGCAUCUAAUUAA